GACGACUGUUGCUUCCGAAAAUGGCAGUGCAGAAACGGUCACCGUGGGAAAGGCGCUGAGCUGCUGUUGCCAUACCCGUUCUCUUGCAUGCCCAUCAUCCGCAUCCUCGUCGACAACCGACACACACUACCCAUUUCUCCAUUGCAGGCGGUCGUAAAGCAGAAAACCUAUGAAGCCCAACGCCCACGCUUACGCGGCUCCGAGAUUAGUCCCCGCGCACGACGACAGAGGUGUGGAAAGUGUUAAGAGGUCUGCCAUUGCAUCCGAUCUCCACCCGACUAUGCAACGUGGAGGAGCAGGACAGCGGAGGAGACAAGCGAGGACUGACGAUGUUAAUGAGGCUCGUGGAGCUCUGGUGGCAUCCCAGGAGGCGAGACCUCCUCGGAAGAGCAGCAAGGGGGGAAGAUCUGGCGGCCGUGGCGGCGGCCGUGGUGGCGCAAGAAAAGGUAAGCAGAUAGUGAGGGCUGAAGAACUGCGGGACUCAGGGGAUAAGGGCGAGGAAGUGGACCCUCGCAUGCCCGACGAUGAUGAUGAACCGCUUCAGCACGCUGCGCCCAUCGACACGACGCGGUGUUUCUUCCUCGAGUACGACGAGCGGGGUUUUGCUAAGCAAAAAGUCCUUCCUGUUCUUGUGAACGUCAUGAAAAUCAAACGCAUUCCCCGCGGGAAUAUUCUUUUCAACCACCGCUCUUUGUCUACGAACAUUGUGCGAGGCAUCGUGAAUGCCAUCGAGAGUUCCAUCACCACGGAACCGGGGGCGUGGGAUAGGCCUGAGCUCGUGCUUGCGCCGGUUGACCGCAACGACAUCGUUGGCGGGCAGGGUAGGCGGAUAACACCGACCGAAUUCUUCGAAAAAGACUCCUCGGAGUUCGAUUGGUAUGCUGUCUGUGGUCAGCAUACGGUCGAGGCCAUGAAGACAUUGGUAAAAAAGGGCUCUCCGGCAGUCGACGUCUAUGGCCUUCGCGCGUACUUUAAGGUGCGGGUCGUCUAUUUUGGAGAUGAGCAGACGCGAGGGUAUUUCAAUGUCUCCGCCUUCGACAACACGCGCGAAAAUUGGGCCAUGGAUGUUGUCCGUGAUAUGAGGCAAUGGUGGAUCGAUAACCAUCGAAUCGAGGCCCCGAAAGGCAAGGUCAACGAUAAGGAUGCGGUCGCUGUUGCGCUCCAAAAGAAGUGGCAUAAUUUCUUAAGGGUCUCCAUGGGGAAGGCAUGCGACAAGACGUUCGUGAAGCAGGCGCUCGAGAAUGAGUACAGUAAGGAUUGGAGCAAUAAACUCCGUGGCUACAUGAACCUCGCCACAUCCACCGAGGCUGUGUGGCCACUGGUCGAGAAGUUCUUCGAGAUGUUCAACGAGGGGAAGCUGCCAGUUGGCGAUGGUAAAAUACCGCUUGACAUGCCGGGCUCCACCGUGUCCUGGAAGGAUCUCUGUCCUUCCUACUUCAAAAAUUUUGGGGAUUUGACGUGCCGCGAGAGGGAAGUUGCACUGCUCCUCCUCAUGAAAGGGAAGGUGGUCGCGACGAACGUCAAGGUCAUGCCUCCGAGAGUGAAUACGGAGUGCCUCCUCGACAUCAUGCGCAAGGAAUGGUACAUGGUCCGUAUGUUCAACUACGUUGUUUUUCGCACCGAGGGAAGGGCGGACGAUGAGUGGAAUGAUGCCUUCUUCAUGUCAUACAAGGACCUCGAAGACAGGUAUGGGCCGAACGGUCUGUGUGCAGCUGAAUGGGAGAAGAAACGGGACAAGCUGCAUGUCAGCAAAGUGAAGACGGUCCCUCGACGGCUUGGAGGGGUGGAGGAGGCAAGGCAAGGAUCAGGCUUGGGCCCUACAGCGGCAAUGUAUAAGGAGGCUCCGUUCCACUUUAAGGUGUUUGUAUACACCUCAAUCGAUAAGCUCGAUCUACUUCGGGCGGAGGUCAAACGGGUCGCCUCCAGCGCACGUCAUAUCGUGUGGGAUAAACUUAAAAAACAAACAACAUUACUACCGGUGUGCAUGCCAUUGAAGGAAGUGCUGGCUGCGCCAGACGACAUCGUCGCUGCGACGCAAAAAAUGACCUGCAGGGCCGUCAUCCUUGACAUCUCCCCCACUAACUUCUGCACGACAUGGACCUCUCAAGAGUUCGACGCUCUGCACUCUAUGGUGACUAAGUGUUGUGGCUCUAAUUGGGUUCUUUUUGUCUUCGCACCGCAGAAGGUGCAAAGUGAUGUUCUGCGUUCCUUAUUCCAGUGGGAGGACAUCGAACUCAUCCUCGGGACAUGGAAACGGGUGGACAGGCCAUCGAAUGACAUCACGAGGUAUGGCAAUAUCGCUACGGCGAGUCGAGACAUGAUGGCCAUUGUCCUGCACGCGGAGGGAGGGGAUCUCAGAAAGGUUACGGUCGCACCCCGCAUUGUCAAUGACCUCACAAACGUGCAUGUUGUGGAGGACAAGUUCGCGAAGUGUCUGGGGAAACACGGUGGCAUAGAGGGCGAUGAAAGUGUGGUGUAUUCCAUCUGGGAGCGAGAGCCUGGCAAGUUGCGUUCGUUGUGUGGGUCAUUUGUCGGGGAGGCGGAAGGUGUGCUUUUAUUGGGUAGGGCGCACGCGGGUCUUGUGUGGGAAUUAUUACUGGCAGGGAAUAAUGUCAUUGCCUGUGACCAGUCGGCAAAGGACAUUGCAUACUUGACAAAGUUCAUCAAUAUACUUGUCAAGGACGACAGAUUCAACUGCCACAUUGAGAAACCGCGUUGCAAACAUCGCCUGGACAGGGACAUGUUCCACAAGUUAGGGCCUAAGAGACUGAAGGUGUGGGAGUACUUGUUUCGUGAUAUGCCACAAGGACGGCUUGACGGAAAAUAUAUAUAUAGGAAAGCAAAGGCAACAGAGACCCUCAAACAUUAUCACGGUGCUCUCACUGGCGCCUUCGAGACUUUUGUUGCUCGAUGCGAGAUCCUUAAGUUCGAUCUUCGCAAAGACAAAUUGACGUCCAAGGACUACGAGGAGCUCGCGAAAUCGGGCGAUGGCUUUAACCCCGUCGACAACGAGGAAGAUUCUUCGGACUCCGACCUCGAACUGGGCGAGGACACAUGUGCUGAGGUUCCGCGCGGUGGAAUGGUGCAAGCUCACGAAGACGGAACUGUCCAUUCGCACGGAGGGUCCAUCCCGGUGGCCGCCCCAAGCGUCGCCUCAAUGGUGGCCUCGUCUGAGAGUACUGCAUUGCAAGACAUUGGAAGAUGUGGUGGCAAUGAAGAAGACGACAUUGAGAUACAAGGCGAGGCGUCGACGCUCGCACCAGGCGAUGCAAUUCCUUCACGCUCCUGUGCUGACCUGGACACGAUAUAUUUCUUGGAGGGCAAACACACCCACACAGGCGAGGAUCAGUGGGGCCAUGACAUCAUAUGGCAUGAGGGCGUUUUACAGCCGUGCAUCCAAGAUGGGGAGUGAAAGAUGGCGGUGAAAUACACAAGCGGUUGGAAGACUUUUCGCCGGAUGUCAAAGGACAUCUGGUUGAAAACGACGGAACUCGCGAUCCUGCAUCGCGUGCGCGUCGAGAAUCCAGAGCAGAACGAGGCCGCCAUCAAAGCCAAGGCCGAAGAAUUGUUUCAUGUUUUGCGGGACAAUCGGCAACUGGAGUACAACAACAAAUUCUAUGCCCUGCG